AUGGUAGCCGAUCAAAAUCAUUCAUCUGAUAGUACGCCCACCGAGCAGGAAGUUAUCAGGCGUACAGAGAAAAUAGCCAAGUUAUUAGGAACAGAUAAGCAGAAUGCGGAGGUAUAUAUUACGCUUUCUGACGAAAAUAGGGUGCUAAAGAAACAGUUGGAAGAAUAUCAUUCCCAACAUAACACUUUAGAAAGGAGGGUAAAAAGGUUAGAAAGGGAUGUAAAAUAUCUGGACGAAUGUGUAGAUAGGGGAGAUGUGGUCGACUUAAUUCAUGAAAUAGUUCCCUCGCUAAUUAGUAAAAAAGGGCCGAAAGGUGAUGUGCAUAAGGAUUCCUACUAUUCGUCUGAGUCUUCCGAAGAUUCCGAUUCGGUUGAGAUAAUUGAGUAUAAUUGCUCUAUUAGCAAAAUGUCAGAUGACGCAGAUGAAGGCUACAAUGAAUUUAUCAAAGAAUAUGGAUCGAGGUAUGAAUGGGAUAAUGAAGGUAAUCCUGAAUUUAUACCAGAGUGGCAAGACUGGGAAGAUCUAUUUUGCGAAAUCAAAAUUUAUUGGAAGACAAAGACAGUCAGGCAUUGGGGGGAGAAAAUACUUAAACGAUUUGUAUAUAGUCUGCCUGGUGUAAGAAAUCCAACAUCAAUACUCCAUACAUUUACACAAUCUGAUGCUUUUUAUCUUCCGCAAAUUUUGAGCCUAAUAGAAUUGCCAUAUAGUGCUGAGGAACUUCGAGAGGAAAUAUGGCCGGAUGGUAUUGAUAAAAAUGAGAUUAAGGUAGAUGAUGCAGAUGAAGUAGAUAAGUUCCGGUAUGGGUUAUUGCUUCAAGGUGAAGACUCAAUAGUGGAUUAUUACUCGAAGAUAAAGAGAUGUAAUGAUGUUAUCAAGCUCUGUAAAAAUCAUCUUAGAGAAAUAUUCCAUAAAGGAUUGUCAUCAGAAAGUCAAAGGUAUAUCGAAAGAUUUGGAUGUUAUUAUGAUCACGAUCUUGAUCCUGAUAAAAUGGUAGAAAUGCUUAUUCAAGCUGAAAAGGAAAAUGUGCCUGAUUUUAUUACUGCAUUUAGUGAUUGUCUUAGACAGCAAGAUAUAAAGCAUGUAGGAAGGAGUAUGUGGAAGUUCAGCCAACUUUCCGCAAAAAAAUUUAAGGAAAUUCGCUACACAAUGACCGAUAACAAUGAUAGGGAUGGUAUUGAUAUCACUCUCAAUUGUCUUAUCGUUCCCAUAGGGAACCUCUUCGAUCUUCCAAGCAACCAAGUAGCUCAAGAAAUUACAAUCAACACAGGUCGAACGGUUGGCGGACUUGAAAUUGCAAUUCGUAACCGGUUAAACCAGUUAGGCCUGUUGGGGGUACAAUUUUCUAAUCUUUCUCUAAGAAUUCGUCAGAUCCAUCCCGGAACAGUUAGCGAAAGACCAAUGAACUCUCAAGCCUAUAUUUCUUCUUUUUUUAAUGAUCAAUUCCAACCUCGAGCGGGUCACUUCCAUGUCACCGUAUAUUCUCCAUAA